UUAUUGGUGUGCUUUUUAGGGUCCGGUUCAAGUUCAAGCAUAUUUUCUCCAGCUUACGAUGAUGUCGUCUCUCUUCUAGGCUAUCUUGCAUUGGUGCCGGAAGAAAACUAUCGCCUUUCUGGCUUCACUAUCAUUGCUGAUGGACGUAAAGCACACCUGAAGCAAUUAAGAAAUUGCCUAAGAGCAUGUCAGCAUGUUUUAUAUAAACAAAUAAGACAGGUCAUAAUAAUACAGCCAGAACGAUUUUUUGAACAACAAAAGCUAAAUUUUGAUCUUAUAAAGGAAGUAUUCGUAUUCACUCUUAUAUACAUUCUUUUUAAAAUACAUUAUCUCAGAUUAGGAUCGCUAUAUUCAUGGCUUCAUUUCAGAGAAGUAAUCAUAUUAAUUAAUUACAACUUGUUUUACAUCGAAGAAUUUACGAAAAGAUAUGAAGAUUUUAUUGUUAAAUUCAACAACUGGAUUCAAGUAGCUGAAAUGCAUGCGAAAUUAAAGCCUAAUGGUGGUUCUCGUGAUAAUAUUCUUACAUCACAUAAAACUAUUUUUUCUGCUGAAGAAGUUUUAAGAUUAGGCGACGAUAUUUUGCAAAAUUCAUUAUCAACAACCAAUGCAAACUGCGUUAAAACUCAGAAUAUUGUUUUCGCCUGUGCUAUGCAAAAAAUCAAAGAAAUGAUGGAACGUGUUAAUGUAAAUCUUAUAUAUUUUAACAGUGGCAUUACUUAA